GGUUUCUUGACACGCGACAUUCUGACGUUUCCUUUCAAAUAUCUGAAAUUUCAAACUGACCUUUCUAGUCAUUUGCUUCCUAGCUAACUUUGGCUAGUGAUAUUAUUAACAUUUCACCUGGAGCCAGUCUAUCAAAUGAAGUGACACGGAGGUGCAAACUAGCCACGGUAACAUCGUUUGCAAGAUGGGGAUGUCGUUGUCAUAUCCACUGGUGAAAGAGCCAGAAAGUUAUGUGGAUCCUGAUUUAAAUGAAGACUCCGACGAGAUGAAUUUUGCAAUGGAAAUGCAUGAGAUUAACCUGAGCUACACAUACGACAUGAUCCAGCAGAGGAUCCGCUCUAUCAAAGAGUCCGCCAAAUUUGACAAGUACAGCUACGACUGGAACACCAGCGUGUUGGAUCUGAAGAACGAGUUUCCCCACUGGACAGCUGAUGACCUGCUCAAUCUGAGACGGCAGUUUGAGAUUUUUGACACCAACAAAGACCGCCUGCUGGACUUCAGCGAGUUUUGCGCUUCUCUGAACAUGGUCAACGAUGCAUCAACUAUGGAGGCCAGGAAAGAAAUGUUUAAUACAGCGGACAAGGACAACUACAAGUCCAUCAACUUCGAGGAGUACCUCCAGCUGAUGUAUGACCUCAAGCAGGGCACGCCGGUCCCCAAGCCCCUCGAGAGCGAGGACGACAAGGACACGGCCACCGGUGACAUCAUCUGUGAAGUGGCCCGCAUGGACACCUUCCAGCAGAUGUGCUACGGCGUCUUCUAAACACAAAUACACACACCUGAUAACAUGAUGGAUUUGUUGUGCCUUAACUGGAAUUGAGAAAAUGAC